AUGCUUUAUGUUUUUUUCCUUCAGGUGAAAAAUGUCUUUUGUAUGAAGGCAAAGGAAGGCAGAAAAAAAUCAAUACGUGCCUUAGUGGCUAUUGGAAAUGGUAAAGGGGCUGCAGGUUUUGCAAUGGGAAAAGCAGGUGACAGGAUGAAUGCUUUACGGAAAGCAAAGAAUAAAGCAAUACGCUGCUUACAUUUUAUAGAGCUGUAUCAGAACCACACAAUUUACCAUGACAUUGCAGUGAAAUUUAAAAGCACAACCAUCCGCAUGAAGAAGCAAAACAGAGGGUAUGGUCUUCAUUGCCACCGAGCUAUCAUCACCAUCUGCAAACUAAUUGGCAUUAAAGAUAUGUAUGCCAAGGUUACUGGAUCCAAAAACUUGAUUAACAUUACCAGAGCUCUCUUUAAAGGCUUGACACAACAGGAGACUCACCAACAAUUAGCAAACCAGAAGAGUCUCUAUGUCGUGGAGUUCCGGGAGGAGCAGGGCCCGCUGCCCAUAGUUGUGGCACUGCCUGAGGGGACUGUCCGUGAGGAUCCCGAGCCUGAAGAUGAGGUUCCAGACACAAAGCUGGAGUGGAGUGAGGUGAAAGAAGCUCAGGGGAUGAAGAAAUCUGCCUGGGCAAAUGUCCGACGGACAGUGUGGUAAAAGCUUCAGUCCCUCUGUCUCUUCUGCUUGGAGAUGCAACUGGGAAAGCCCAGCCUAAAGGGACAGGUUGUCUAGGCUUACAUUUCAGUGGAGGGCACCGAUAGCUCUCUCAUGCCAUUUACAUUCCUGCUCCCAUUGCUACCAUUCUGUAAGGCUGUUUGCUUUCCCACAUUCUUCUGA